UCAAAAACCCUUGUUUCCCGAUGGACGGAGGGAGCGGCGUAUUUGCAGAAGAGGAGUGAGAAACGGCCCAUGCUCCUCCCUUUCCCGGUAUGUUUCUCUCUCUCUCUCUAAAAUUGUGAUAUUGUAACCCUUCAAGAUCUCUUUCUCUCUACCAGCUCCACUGUUUCCUUUCCUUUACCAGUUACAAAUCUCUCUCUCCAUCGUCAAUGGUGUUUCUAUAACGUCUUCGAAGUAAUGGCUUUGGCAAAACUCCAGGCACUCUCUGUCUUGAAACCCCACUAUGUAUUUUCCCUUCUCAUUCCUUUUCCUUCUUUCUCUUCUUCCUUUGAACUCUAUUCCACAAAAACCUCUCUUCUCACUCCGUCUCCUUCUCUCACUAGAGAUGGACUCCUCUUAAGUGCUUCUCCUUCUUCUACUUCUUCUUCGAUUGUUAAUCUUCUAAUGGACUCACUUGGCCUCUCUAAAGAAUCAGCCUUGGCCGUUGCCUCUUCUUCCCGGUUGGGCCUCAAUAAACCCACCAAAAAUCCGAUAUGUGUGCUAAAAUUCCUCAAAGACUCUGGUUUUCAUGAUGCCCAUAUCUGUUCCAUUGUAACGAAGAGCCCCAGGAUUCUUGUGGCCGAUGUUGAGAAAACCCUAAAACCCAAGUUUGAAAUGCUCGAAGAUUUGGGUCUCUCUGGUCCUGAUCUCGGGGACUUUCUAUCUCCACGUGCAUUCAUCUUCUAUUACAGUGCAGAGAAGAGGAUCUCCCCAAUCAUCGAAUUCCUCAAAAGUUAUUUGAAAUCCAAUGAAAAUGUUCUUAGAGUUCUGAGAAAUAAUUGGAUACUUUCAUUUCCCAUUGAGGAAAGAAUCCUACCCAAUAUGAGAUGCAUGGAGAGCUAUGGAGUUGGUCCCUCACAACUGCAACAAUUUACAAUAUUCCAGCCUAGGUUGCUUUCUCAAAACCCCAAAAGAAUUAAGGAAAAUUGUGAGAAAAUUAUAGAGAUGGGCUUUAAUCCGAAUUCUUUGAUGUUUGCUCAUGCUCUUCUUGCUUUGAGCUCGAUGAAUAACGAGACAUGGCAGGCAAAAGUUGACAUUUUUAAGAGUUUUGGGUGCUCGGAAGAUCAUGUAUUUUCAAUAUUUCGGAGGGCACCUUAUACAAUGUGUCUCUCGGUGAAGAAGUUGAAGGAAACAAUGGAGUAUUUUGUUAAGAAACAAAAGGAUGUUUUGUUCCAUUUGAAUAUGAAUCCAAAAAUUUUUGGUUAUAGCUUGGGGGGAAGGGUGAUACCUAGGAACAAUGUUUUGCAUGCUUUGAGAUCGAAGAAGUUGCUCAAGAAGGAUGUGAAAUUAUCAUCAGUUUGUUUGUUGUCGGAGAGGAUAUUCUUGCAAAAAUUUGUGGGGUGUUUUGGAGAAGAGGCAGAUUACUUGCGCCAGAUCUAUGAAGAAAGCAAGGGUAACCCAGAAAUGAUUCUAUGAUCAUGGGUUCCAUGGAGGCUUCCUUGCUUUUUGAUCGUUGAAUCAAAGUUCCAAAAUCCACAGCUAGGGGCAGAAAUUGAUCUGUAGAACAUCACAUGGUGCUCUAGUGUUGCAUCUAAUUUCUAGUACACGAUUUUGAGGUGAGGCCCUCUCAAGUUUCAUGACCUGGGAGUGGGGUUGAGGUCGUGGGGGUAGUACCACCUGAGUCUCAAUUACUGGUAUAGGUUUCUUUCGUACUUACGCAUUUGAAAACUACUAACUAUUUCAAAAAAUUGGUAGGGGCUUGUACUCCCAUUUGAUAUACCCAAAAAAGAAAAAAAGAUUCACAAAGCCCUGGCUUAUCAAAAACUCGUCCAUUUAUUUUUAUUUAUUUAUACAUUUCCUUAUUUCUUUUUUUGCUUGAUUGAUGAUGCUUCUUCCUGUGUAUAACAGUAAAUCAGAUAAAAAAUUCAAAAGCACGGAAGAAGGCAUUGAACCCAUAAAGAAAAUGAGAACAAAACUCUAGACUGGUGUGGAACUUUUGGCUUUCCUUAAGACCGAAGCUUGUGCUUCUCUGCCUUUUUUACUUCAUAAUCCUUGUAUUAUUGGUUCAAGUUGGAGAGUUAAUCCAUUUUGAACUUUUGUAUCAUUCACUUAAUGAAUCCUGAA